CCAUUUUGCUAGGAGCCUGGGACACAUGCGUCCUUUCAAAUAUCCGUACAAUCCAUUUCACUCUCUACUUUUACGAUCUCACCCCCAAGCUGUUCGUUAUUCGCUUUCUAAUCUACGCCGGUAUUUCCGGUACUCCGGAGACGAGGGAGGGCAUAAACGUCAUUUUAGACCCAGGUAAAGGAGCCAAUAGAGUUUUCGUGCGGGUACUGUGACUGUCAGAAAGAAGCGACACUCUCCCAAAAAAAAGAAAAAAGAAGAAGGAGAAGAAGGAGAAGAAGAAGAAACAGCUCCAUUUUCCUCAAAUCCAGUGAGUGAGUGAGUGAGUGAGAGAGCCAAGACCCACAAAUCUUACGCACAUUCUCUCUCUCUCUCUCUCCAUAUAUAUAUAUAUUUAUAGAAAAGGGAAGGCCUUUUCUCUAAGCAAAUAGAAUCGUUUUGAGUAAAGGGGUUUUGGGUUCUAGUUCAAAUUGCUAACCGAAACUCACUCACUAUUUUAGUACAAUGGGGGCAUCAUCAGAUGCCAAGGAAGAUGUAGCUAUGAGCAGCAAGGGAGAAAAAUUUUCAGGCUCAGUCGAUAUGGACAUAGAUGAUGAAGAAGAGUUCAAUGAAUUAACAAGCAUAAAAGAACUUGGGGAAGUAUUUCUGCAGAAUUUUUGCAAGGAGGCAUCAACGUCUUUCUUCAGUGAGUAUGGUCUCAUCAGUCACCAAAUCAACUCAUACAAUGAUUUCAUCAGGAAUGGUGUGCAGAAAGUAUUUGACUCUUUUGGUGAUCUCAUUGUUGAGCCCGGGUAUGACCCUUCAAAGAAGCGUCAGAAUGAGUGGAGAUACGCAUUAGUAAGGUUUGGGAAGGUCACACUUGAUCUGCCUAGCUUUUGGGGCGGUGCCGACAAGGAUAAGGAGUACAAUUUGUUGCCUAGACAUGCUAGGCUUCAAAACAUGACGUAUUCAUCCAGGAUGAAAGUGAAUGUCCAUAUCGAGGUAUAUACUCAAAAACUCGUUAGAAGUGACAAAUUCAAAACUGGAAAAGAGCAAUUCCUUGACAAGGAAAUUAUAAGUACUGAAGACAAGGAUGUCAUGAUUGGGAGGAUCCCGGUGAUGGUAAAGUCUGACCUUUGUUGGAUGAAGGAUGCUGAGAAAGGAGACUGUUACUUUGAUCACGGAGGAUAUUUUAUAAUCAAGGGUGCAGAGAAGACAUUUAUUGCCCAGGAGCAAAUCUGUAGGAAAAGACUCUGGAUUACAAGUCAUCAGAAUCUUACAGUUGCAUACCAGUCAGAAGUUAAGAGGAAUAGAUUGAUUCUUAGAUUAGCGCAAUCUGGACUUGAAGACACUACAGUAGAGAAGGAUGUCCUUUGUGUUUACUUUUUGUCAACUGAGAUUCCUGUGUGGAUUUUGUUCUUUGCCCUUGGCGUCUCAUCUGACAAGGAAGUUGUGGAUCUCAUUGAUUUUCCCACUGAUGAUGCCAGCAUUUUAAAUAUACUUUUUCCUUCAAUCCAAAUUUCGGAUGAGGUAUGUGCCGGCUUUCGUAGACAGAAGAAAGCUCUUGGUUUUGUGGAGAAACAUAUUAAGAAAACUCAGUUUCCGCCAAGAGAAAGUGCUGAAGAGUGCCUUGACAUGUUUCUGUUUCCGAAUCUGAGAGGUAUGCUGCAAAAGGCCCGCUUUUUAGGUUAUAUGGUGAAGUGCCUUUUGCAGGCCUUUACCGGUCGUAGAAAAUGUAAUAACAAGGAUGAUUUUAGAAACAAGAGACUGGACUUGGCUGGUGAGUUGCUAGAGCGAGAGCUGAGGGCUCAAGUGUCACAUGCAAGGAAACGCACGGCUAAGGCUUUGCAGAGGGACCUUUAUGGAGAUAAGGGAUUGCGUCAAAUUGAAUUUUACCUGGAUGCUUCUAUAGUUACUAAUGGUCUUUCCAGAGCGUUUUCAACUGGAGCAUGGUGUCAUCCUUUCAAGAAGACUGAAAGAAUUUCAGGGGUAGUUGCAAAUGUUGGACGUACAAAUCCAUUGCAGACAGUGGUGGAUAUGAGGAAAACACGCCAGCAAGUUCAGUACACAGGGAAAGUUGGAGAUGCUAGAUACCCACAUCCUUCCCACUGGGGAAAGGUUUGCUUUCUCUCGACCCCUGAUGGUGAAAAUUGUGGGCUUGUAAAAAAUUUGGCUGCUACUGGGUUAGUAAGUAUAAACAUUGCGGAAUCUCUCAUUUCCACAUUGUGCGAUAGCGGCAUGGAGAAUCUAGCGAAUGAUACUUAUACGCCACUGCAUGAGAAGCAUAAAGUUUUUCUAAAUGGGGAUUGGAUUGGAGUUUGUGCUGAUUCCCUUGCCUUUGUGACAGAAUUGAGGAGAAAGCGGCGCAGAAAUGAGUUACCACAUCAGGUUGAAAUUAAAAGAGAUGAACAGCAUGGGGAAGUGCGCAUAUUUUCUGAUUCUGGAAGAAUUUUACGUCCCCUUUUAGUGGUUGAGAAUUUGAAUAGGAUUAAACCAUCUAAGGAGGGGAAGUAUACCUUCCAUUCCCUUCUCGAUAAGGGAAUAAUUGAGCUUAUUGGAGCUGAAGAGGAAGAAGACUGUCGAACUGCAUGGGGUAUCAAAUAUCUUUUCAUGGAAGAUGGGGGGAAGCCUGUCAACUAUACACACUGCGAACUAGACAUGUCUUUUCUGUUGAGUGUAAGCUGUGGAAUCAUACCAUUUGCAAAUCAUGAUCAUGCAAGGAGGGUCCUCUACCAAGCUCAGAAGCACUCUCAACAAGCGAUUGGUUUUCCUACGACAAAUCCCGAUAUCAGAGUGGAUACUCUUUCUCACCAAUUACACUAUCCACAAAGACCACUCUUUCAAACAAUGACGUCUGAUUGUCUUGGGAAACGAGGUUAUGCCCCAAGUCAAAAUGGAUUUAUUCCAAAGUUUGAAUGCUUCAAUGGCCAGAAUGCCAUCGUUGCCGUCAAUGUUCAUCUAGGUUACAAUCAAGAAGAUUCCAUAGUGAUGAAUCGUGCUUCUUUGGAACGUGGUAUGUUCCGAUCCGAGCACAUAAGAAGUUAUAAGGCUGAUGUUGACAAUAAGGAAUCAACCGACAAAAGGCGGAAGCCUGACGAUUGCUUUAAUUUUGCAAAGAUACCAAGUAAGAAUGGACGUGUUGAUAGCCUCGAUGACGAUGGUUUUCCUUUUAUUGGUGCAAACCUACAGAGUGGUGAUAUAGUUAUAGGGAGGUGCGCUGAAUCAGGGGCCGAUCAUAGUAUUAAACUGAAGCACACUGAGAAGGGAAUGGUCCAGAAGGUUGUGCUUUCCUCUAAUGACGACGGGAAAAACUUCGCUGUGGUGUCUCUAAGACAGGUUCGUCAGCCAAUUCUCGGAGACAAAUUCUCAAGCAUGCAUGGACAAAAGGGUGUUCUGGGAUACUUGGAAUCCCAAGAGAACUUCCCCUUUACAAUCCAAGGAAUCGUUCCGGACAUCGUCAUCAAUCCUCAUGCGUUUCCGUCACGACAAACUCCCGGUCAACUCCUGGAGGCUGCAUUAGGAAAGGGGAUUGCUUUAGCAAAGGGCAUUCCGCUGAGACAUGCCACCCCUUUCUCCACUCCCUCUGUUGAUGCCAUCACAGAGCAGCUUCACAAGGCUGGAUUCUCAAGAUGGGGAAAUGAGAGAGUAUACAAUGGUCGGACUGGUGAAAUGGUCCGUUCCCUCAUUUUCAUGGGGCCAACUUUCUACCAGCGGCUGGUUCACAUGUCCGAAGACAAAGUAAAGUUCCGAAACACUGGUCCGGUCCACCCUCUAACUCGUCAGCCUGUAGCAGACCGCAAGCGCUUUGGUGGGGUCAAGUUUGGUGAGAUGGAACGAGAUUGUUUAUUAGCUCACGGUGCAUCAGCCAACUUGCAUGAGCGCCUCUUUACUCUCAGUGACUCCUCUCAAAUGCACAUUUGCCACAGAUGCCACAAUGUUGCGAACAUUAUCCAGCGAUCGUUGAUGGGUGGCCGGAAGGUAAGAGGUCCCUAUUGCCGGAUCUGCAAGUCAGCUGAUGACAUCGUUCGGGUUAAUGUGCCUUAUGGGGCCAAGCUGCUGUGCCAGGAACUUUUCACCAUGGGCAUCAACUUGAAGUUUGAAACCCGUAUUUGCUGAGACAGUGGGUUUCCGAACUGUUGUUUUGUAUAUCGAAUACUCUUUUUAAAUCAGGUCCAAGUACUUGUUUUGUUUAUGCUC